AUGUCUCGAACAUCCCGAAUCCUAAAUCCAAGAAUCACCACCCUUGUACUCACUAGUAACACAAAGAGCACCAACAUCAUAAUCCUCACCUUCAACCAGUGGCGGACCGAAUUAAGUGACAAGGGGUACAACUGUACCCCUAGUUUGAAAAAUAAAAAAGAGAAAAAAAAAAUUAAAAUCAAAACACGGGAAAAGAAAGAAAGAGAACGCCCAUUUCAGAAAGAAAGAAAGCAAGCAGCCAAGCCUCACGCGAAACAGCAAACUCGCGAACUGCUCCUCGCCUCCUCCCUGCUUGCCUCGCCGGCUCGCCGCCCUGCUGUCAACCCACGUCGACGUCGUACCUCUGGCGCUCCCGUCCCUGCCUCCCCAGUGCCACCGGCCACCGCCGUCACGCCGAAAUGUCAAGUAGUUCAUGAUUUGAAAGAUAUCAAUUCUCUUUCCAUGAUGCUUGUUGAAACAAAGAGACAUGAGACAUUUCCUCUUAUACAUUUGCUAAUCAAGUUGAUGUUGAUUCUUCCUGUUGCUACGGCAAGUGUAGAAAGAGUGUUUUCCGCAAUGACAUAUGUCAAAAGUAAGUUGAGAAAUAGCAUGGGUGAUCAACUUAUGAAUGAUUUUUUGGUUACUUUUAUUGAGAAGGAAGUGUUUCUACAGAUUUCCGAUGAAAUGAUUAUUGAUCGUUUUAAAAGUAUGAAGACUCGAAGGAUGAAUUUGUAAUUUUGAAGUGUAUUAGUGUAAGACUUUUAAGUAUUGUAAGACUUCUAUUGUUAUUUUGGAUUGUAA